GGCGGUGCUGCCGGCGCGGCCCUCCCCCGACCCGCAGCGGCCGGCCCCGGCUGCCGCGCACCACCGCGCACCGCCGGCAGCGCCGCCGAGCAGGAGCGGCCUGAGCCAGGGAUGGGGCUCAGCACGGUGAAGCUUUGGAGGCCAUCAGCAAGGGAGCAGCCUGCCCAGGGAAGACAGCAAGGGGUUGUGGUCUGACCCACACAGCCGGUACGGCACCAUGGACCUCACUGACAGUGAACCUCCUGGGGCUGGGGGUGCUGCUGGCAGGGCAAUGAAGCUGAAUGAGCGGAGCGUGGCCCACUACGCUACCUGCGACUCACCCACUGACCAUGCCGGCUUCCUCCGCAAGCGCGUGGAGCGGCAUCACCACCAUGCCCAUCACCACCAUGCCACCUCCUACCAGCGCCGCUGGUUCGUCCUCAAGGGCAACCUCCUUUUCUACUUCGAGGAGCGGGAGAGCCGGGAGCCCGUGGGGCUUGUGGUGCUGGAGGGCUGCACCGUGGAGCUGUGCGAGGCUGCCGAGGAGUUCGCCUUCGCCAUCCGCUUUGAUGAUGCUGGUGCCAGGGCUUAUGUGCUGGUGGCCGAUGGGCAGGCUGCCAUGGAGGCCUGGGUGAAGGCUCUGUCACGGGCCAGCUUCGACUACAUGCGGCUGGUGGUGAGGGAGCUGGAGAAGCAACUGGAGGAGGCCUGCAAGAGCUUGGCUGCUUGCCGCCAGUCCCCGCGGAGGUCCUCCUCCUCCAGCAGGAAGAGGCACCUUUCCAACCCUGCCUUGCUGCCUCUCCAGGAGAAGCCUGCUGUCCUGGAGAACGGUUACUCCACGUGGGGUAGUGGUGGUGCUGUCCCUGGGGGGGCCACCUGCCCUGACCGUGAUGGGGGGCAAGCGAAGCCCCCACCCCUGCCUCCACGCCGGCGCUCGGCUGCUGGCAGUGCUGCGGGGUUCCCAGCACCCAGCCUCUCGCCAGGCAUGACCGAGAGCCCUGUGUCGCCGGAGACAGCCUGUUUCUCCAAGCUGCACGGCUGGUACGGGCAGGAGAUCGCAGUGCUGAGGCGGGAAUGGCAGGAGAGGCAGAAGAGGGGACACCCAUGACUGGGAACACGGGGUGCGAGCCGCCAGCCAGCCAAUGCACAGCAAGCUGUCUCCCAGGCAGCAAGAGCAAAACGAGGGACACUGCUUGUCCCCUGCCCUGGUUGGUGGCUGAGUAUGCCGUGUGUGUGUGCUUCAUGGGGC